UGAAUUAUAAAUCUGUUUAAGUAUUAAAAGAAAAAUCGAGAAUGGCGACAAUUUGUUGCCCGUUAAAGAAAAAUUCGUUUGAUAUUCCAUUCCCUAUUCUGCAUUUCGAAAUAGAGCCCGUCUUGAGCAUACUUUCUGAAUUUUCUUAAAAAGAAAAACUUUUGUAAGCGUAGGCUUGCCACAUACAUUCUACUUGUAUGAAAAAACGCCAUGAGAUUCAGUUGCUCUUGAAGAUAUAGCGUUAAAUUGCGUGGAAAAUUUAUGCGCUGUGCCUGCUUUUCCUUGCCCCCCCCCCGGCCGCCCGCUUCUUCGCCACCCACUGGGCUAAGUUUUCCUUUGAGCGCCCGACUACUUUUACGGCGCAUUUCAUUUUUAUUUUUCACUCUGAAAAUUGACUUAGCAAACUACUUGAAAUGUAAAAAUGUUCGAGCGGCAACUGGAAAGGAAAACUUGCAGCAACUUUGAACGCCCACUUCAUCGCAAGCCCAGCAACGGCAGCGGGCACACCUCUUCAGGAGCUGAGCCCCAAGCGCUUGCGCAAUCGCCACACGCAUCAGAAACGCCUUAGCGGCAAUCUGGACCAGAUGGAGGAUAUGGGCGAUGUGUCUGGUGGCUGUUCCAGUAAUACAGCGGGCAGCGGUUGCAACGAAGCUGGCGGCGACCUAAACAGCAUGAAAUGCGACUCCAAUACCGAAAGGUUUUUUGGCCGCGCCAGUCCCAAGCAGACCGCCACGAACAUAGCCCAAAAGGCCGCACACGAGGCGGAGCAGGCCUACGGCACACAGCAGUCCGCCGCGGCGGAGGUGGCGCACUUGGUCAAGAAACAGCUGGCGGAUAGGGCAUAUGCCGCUGCCAAAGCGGCCGAAGCGGCGCUUUCGGGCAAGCAACAGAUUGUGGAGCAGCUGGAGGCGGAGGUAAUCGAUGCGGAGUCGGUCAUGCAGCAGGCGACAGACUCAAUUGCUAGCUCUCAGAAUAAUCUGAAUGCCGCGCAAAAUUCGGCCAGAAAGGCGCAUCAGCUAUUUCUGGCCUUGGAGGCGAUCAUGAAGCUUGCCAAGGAGAAUCUGUGUCAAGCCAAAAACGCGGCCAACGGUGCCCAGCAGGAGCUCGAUGAUAAGGCGAGGCUCAUGGAAACGGCGCAGAGUCGCAUCGAAAUGCUCAAGAAGCGGCUCUGCGAAUCGCACAGAGAUCUGCAAAAUAUCAAAAAGUCUGCCUACAAAGCGGUCUGUGCCGCUGCCGAGGCACGCAAAAAGGCCUCCAGAGAACGGCGUACGGCAACCCGAAAGAGGCGCAAAAAACGUCGAAUAAAACAUGAAGAGGCAGUUGCAUCUCAGUGAAAGCAGUUGUUUUUAUUUCUAUUUUCUAAUGACACGCGUCUUAAAUAAAAUACUAAUAAUUCCCUCAAA